AUGUUCAGGCUGCGGCUGAGCCACACCAUAAAGGGCUGCUUCACGUCGGGCGCAUGCGGGGAGGAGCCGGCGACGUCUCCUCCCGGCACGCGCGGCGGCGCGCCCCAUGGCCUCUUCGACGAUCGGCUGCCCGACAGGGCGGGCAGGGCGCCGCGACCGCGGUCGCCCAGCACGCCGGAGAGGGUGGACGAGCCCCAGGCGUCUUUUCGGAGCAUCGAUGGCGGUGUGGGCGCAUCGGAUGAUCCGAAUUGGCGGCCACUGGGCGUGGGUCUGCAAUCGAGGCCAGCCCUGAGGGACGCCGCGGUGGAUGAAUUGGUUGAGGUGUUGCGGUCCGGGGGGCAGGGCGAGCAGGCGGAUGCCGCGGAGAUGCUGUUCAAUGCGGUGAUUGAGAGCGCCGAGAGGCGCGGGGCGGUUUCCGUGGCGGGCGCGGUGGUGCCACUGGUCAUAAUGCUGUCCACGGGCAGCCCGAAGGGCCAGCUGUACGCGGCGUACACCCUCAGCUCGCUGACCAGCGUGGAGGGAUGCCGGCAGGAGAUGGAGGACGCGGGGGCGAUUGGCGCCCUGCUGACGAUGGUGGGCGCGCCGGACACGACGCUGGACGGGAGGAAGGGGGCCGUGCGGGCGCUGGGCAGGCUGGCCAGGAACGAUUCCGCGGCCGGCGCGAUAGUCCACGCCGGCGGGCUGCCGCAUCUGAUCGGCCUGCUCGACAGCAACGAGCCCGGCUUGCUGAAGCGCGCCCUGGUGUGCCUCUACUUCGUGGGCGCGGACAAGGAGGAGCUGCAGGCCGAGAUCGUGCGCAGCGGCGCCGUACCACGGCUGGUGGCGCUGUGCGGCUCCUCUCACGGCAGCGUGCAGGCGGAGGCGGCCGAUGUGUGCAAGGUCCUGGCGCGGUCGACGUGGUGCGCUCGCGAGAUGGCCGCCGGCGGGGCGAUCGAGGCGCUCGUGAGGGUGGCCGACGACGGGCUGUCCAACCGGUCCAAGGAGAACGCGUUCAAGGCGCUCCAGCGGAUUUCGGACAAGGGCCCGGAGCUGAGGGACCGGAUCGUGGGCAGCGGGGCGGGCGGCGCGGCCAGCGAUAUCAGCAACGGGGAGAUCCAGCAGCUGGUGGGGAUCAUCAACUCGGGCGACCCGCAGCUGCGGGAGCAGGCCGCGCAGGUCAUCGAGCAGGUGGCCGCCGCGGACCCCAGGGCGUCCAGGGACCUUGCCGAGCCCGAGGUGGUGAGCUCGCUCAUCGACCUCCUGUCGACGGGGUCUGACGAGGGGAGGGCCUAUGCUGCGUGGGCGAUUGCGCGGCUGGCGGAGGACAUCGGCGUCAGGGACAAAAUCUAUUACACAGGUGCCGUGCUCCCCUUAAUACAUGUCCUCCGCGAGUGCCCUGGCCGUGGCCAGGAAGGCGCCGCACGCGCCCUUGAGAAGCUGGCGUCCCACAAGGACGCAGCCAACACGAUCAUAUCAGAGGGCCAACUGUCGGCCUUCCUGAGCGCACUGGACAGUGGCAACGAGCAGACCCAACUGCACGGGGCGAGGACACUGUUCCUGCUGCGCGGAGUGGACACUGUGGUGCACUCACAGAUCGUGGCCACUGGUGGCGUCCCUGUGCUCAUCCGGAGGUGUUGGAGGGGUAGCUCUGAAGUACAGGCCCUGGCCCUUGCUGUCCUUGUUGACCUUGUGCAGUCCUCAAAAAGCCGCCACAGGAUCGUGGAAGCGGGCGCUGUGCCCGUGCUGCUGGACAUGGAGGUGUCCCAGAUCCCGGAUGUGGCGCAGAUGAGCCGGGAGGCCCUUGGCCUGCUGAGCAGCAAGGAGAGCCUGGUGGCGGAAGUUGAGGCAGAGAGGGACCUGCAGGCGGGGGUGCAAAUCAUGCUGGAGAGGGUAACAGAGGCGGAAGGGGUCAGGCCAGCACGCAGCACGGAGGAGGUGCUGAGGCUUAUACCAAGGGGUGCUUUUGUGGAUGAGCAUCAGGUGGAUGAAGCAUACGAUGGCAACGCUGUCUCCCUCAGCAACCCCAGCAUCGAGCUGCCUCCUCUGCACAUCCACAUCCUCACUUUGGAUGUGCUCCAGCUGCAGCCUGGGCAGAGCUUCCUGGACGUGCAGUGUGGCACUGGGUUUUUGACCUGCAUGGGCGCUUACCUCGUGGGGGAUGCCGGUCGGUCUGUGGGACUCGCGGAGGAGGCAGCGCAUUGUGCCUUUGCUGAAGGCCGGGUGGAGCAGCUAAAAGGGCUAAGGGGCAUGUCAGGAUUGGACCCAAAGUUCAAGACGGACUCCAUCCUUUCCUUUGCCAAGUCUGUGGAGCGGUUUGACAAGAUCAGCAUCGAGGGUGCCUGCCCAAAGAAAAUCCUUGCUGAGCUGCUCAGCCUUCUCCGACCGGGUGGCCGAAUGGUGGUGCCAUGUGAAGGCCAGUUGCUGCUUCUGCGCGAGGAAACGGGCAUCGCAGGCGCCGAGGUCAUUUGUCCCUGCUCCGCCAAGCUCCUGCCCUGCGUGGACAUCGCCAGGCGGCUGGCCUCCAGUCUCAAGCUGGACCUGGGAGACGUCUCGGCGAAUGGCAAGUCCCCGAGUCGCGCAGAAGUGGCCCCUCCUUCCAAGAUCCCGCACGUUGGAGGCAGGACACGGUCUCCCAGGUCUCCAAGACCAGGGUCGGCGAGGGCGAACUCACAAGCUUCAGCAAGGGUGGCAAGAGCCUUCACACCGCGUGGCACGUCCCGGCUAAUGGCAGCCAGCUCCAGCGAGGGCACCCCUAGCGCGAGGCUGGCACAUGCCGGGAGGGACAGCCCAUCAUGGCACCCCAGCCAUGGCGCCUCUUUGUCAGGGUCAGGAUCGGAAGCGGGCUCUCCCGAGGGCGAUGCUGUGGGCAGAGCGCACGACGCCCACUGGCGGUCGCAGCAGCAGGGGUCGGACGAGGGGGAAGUGGGCCCAUCCCAACCGCCACCUGAUCGGCGGAGCUCAUCCCACAACAGAAGCCCCAGGCAUCACUCUGCCUCUGGGCACAUCCAGCACCAAAGAGAAGACAAGAACAUGGCAUGGAACAUUCAGGGCAACGGCAAGGUGCUUGCGCCGCUGCCAGACAGGGAAGUCAGCAUGCAGCCCUUCGAGUUGGAUGUCCCUGGUGAGCUGCAAGGUCUCAUUCUGUCCAUGAACGACAUCGAGAUCUGCAGGAAUGCCGAAGGCAAGAAGUACAGGCUGGGUGAGGGUGGCUUUGGUAUGGUGUACAAAGCGCUGAUGAACAAUGUCGAUGAGGUGGCAGUGAAGGUCGUGAAGACUGACAAGCCUACCAACAAGGAACUGAACCUCUUCCUCACGGAGGUGAAGACCCUGAGCCAGCUCCACCAUCGGAACAUCGUGCAGUUCUAUGGCGCCUGCCUUGAACUCUCCAGCAUGUUCUUUGUGACGGAGUUGAUGCGGGGUGGAGACCUCUACACGGCUAUUAGGCAUCACCAGGAGACGAUGCGAUGGGAACGGCUGGGAAAGAAGGUUGCCCUCGAUGUUGCGCUGGGACUGAAUUACCUCCAUUCGCAGAAGCCACCGAUGAUGCAUCGGGAUCUGAAGAGCCCCAACGUCCUGCUUUCUGAGGAGGGUGUUGCGAAAAUCGCAGACGUUGGGAUGGUUAAGGUGCAGGUCAAGGAGCUCAUGUCUGCUCAGCCCGUGAUGACGCCCCUGUGGGCAGCACCAGAGGUGCUGCGCAAGGAGAGUGCGAACAUCAAGGCCGACGUGUGGAGCUACGGGAUCCUGAUCUGGGAGCUGGUCAGCCAGGCGGAUAUUACCGAGUACCAGUCCCUUGCGAUGACCCGCCAGAUGGUGUCGGACAAGGGCAAGGUCGUGGUGCUGCCGCACAAGUGCCCGCCGGUGGCUGCCAAGUUAUUCAACGCCUGCACGGCCAUGGUCGCGGACGACCGUCCUUCCAUGCAGCAGGUGGUGGAGUGGCUGAGGGCGGAUGGGAAUUAA